UUUCCUCCCCCCCCCCCCCCCAAUCUCAAUCCCAUUUAGAACCCUAAAAAAACUCCUUCCUCUCUUUUUUUCUCUUCGCUUCCAAAAACCCUCCCUUCCCACUGUCUCUUUCAGCGAUGGCAUUUCUCGAAAAAGGAGGCGGAGGAGAUGAGGAGGAUGCCGACACUCUGAUUUGCUACGUUUUCUUAGACCGCAUCUACUCUGCUGCUUCUCUUUGCGUCAGCGCUACUAACUCCUCUAACGUUAUGUCCAAAAAGGUUAAAGCUCGUAAACUCAUCAUCGACAACUACCACCAUCACCACCUUAAUCCCCACAAUCCCCUGUUCUUGCAUGUCUACGCUCGCAAUUAUGGGUUGAUUCGAGUGUUUUGAGUGAGUUGGAUCUCCCGCGUUUGAGGGAUUCUAAAAAUAAUAAUAGUGUUAAUAAUAUUUUCGUUAAGAAAAGGAGGCAUAAUUCUACUUCGAAUUUGCAGUUGGGUUUCACUGGUUCUGCUACUGCUAAGAAAUGGGUCAGGUCAGUUUUUCUUAUUAUUUACUAAAAUUUGUUUCGUUUUCUUUCUUAUGUUUCUGAGUAGUAAUAUGGGACUCUGCCUUAUUUUAAUUGUUGAUUUAUAUAUUUCGUUAAAUUUGAUAUGGUUUUUACAUUUGCUACUGAAUUUUGUUUCCAUAUGCAAAAGCAAAAAGUGCGUUUGGAUACAAUGCAAAUAUCUAUUUGGAUAAAAAAAAAUGCAUGAUUUUAUGUGAAACUAUUGAUCUAGAAUGGCGUUGCCUUUAUGUUGUUUUUGUUUAUUUUUGAUCGAUCAUAAAUUUGCUUUCUGACUGUUUUUUUCUUGGAAGCAAAAAGUAAGUAGCUAAAGCAACAACCAAAAGGAGUCCUAGUUAAUUGGGUUCAGAUGGUUGCAAUCUUGAUGUUGAGUUUUGACGAUGUUCAUCCGAAAGCAUUUGUUGGAUUGCAAUGCAAGGUUUUAUGGCCAUUGGAUGCUGAUUGCUAUUCUGGCCGAGUUGUUGGAUACAAAUCGGAGACUAAUAGACAUCAUGUCUGCCUCUCAUAUCUUUUCAGUCAUGCUAUGUGGCCAGAAAUCGUGGUAGAUGAAUCACUUGUUGGUGAUCGUAAAGGUUUAAGCAUUUAUGGUGGAAGAUCAGUUCCAGUGCAAUUUUUUGGCACCCAUGAUUUGCAAGAAUAAAAAUUAAAUAGGUAAUCUCAUUUCUCAAAAGACUUCUUUCUUCAUUCCAUCGGAAGUGCAAGAAACCUCGAUUUACAAGGGGCUUGGAAGAAGCAAAAUUGUAUCUUAGUCAAUAGAAGCUUCCAAGAAAAAUGUUACAUCUACAAAAUGGAAUUGAUGUGGAUGAUGGUGAAUGUGCAAGUAGUGAGGAUGAAGGUAGUAUAGAUUCAGUUGAAGAUCACAUAAAAGAUCAGGGGAUUCAAAUAACUCCUGCUGGACUUGGAGAUUCUCCAUAUGUAAUAGGAGAUUUGCAAAUAAUUAGCCUCGGUAAUUUCUAGUGGCUUAGAAUUGCUUUGUAUUUCUAUAAAUUGAGACAUUAUACAAUUUUGAAUUUGGCUGUCACGUUGAUUAGGCUUCUUUGGCUAUUCACAAUUUUUCAUUCUUCUUUUUG